CGACAGCCAGCAUCCAAGGUGCUCCAUCGGCCAUCGCAUAUUCGCAUUUGCACAGCCCCGUUCGCUGGCAUCCAGAUCACCCAUUUCGUUCCUGCAAUCAUACAAGUGUUCGUCCGGCCCACAAGUUGGUUGAGAUCAAGCCCUGCGCCAUCGCCAUGUCUUCGACGACGACGGCGGCAUCCGACGUCGCCGGCGUCUGGUUCUUCGGCGAGCUCUCCGCCGCCCUGCGUGGGAAGAAGCGGCAGGCCGUACCCACGGUGAGCCACGCCGAGCACCAGCACCAGAUGGGAGGGGCCGCCCAUGGCAACAAGGCGGCCGCGGCGGCGGGGCCUUCCGUGGUCGACCGGAAGGAGGCCGGCGGCGGCGGGAUGUCGGACGCGACGGUGUACCUGCUGCUCGACCGCUUCGCACCCAGUUAGCCGGUGUUCGCUCGUCUCACCCACCCCUGCUUCCUCGUGUACCUCGACUGUGUAUGUAACUACGUUCUUGAGACAUUUAUGCAGAAACUCUGGUUGGACA